AUGUGGUCGCCGCCGUACGCGCCCGGAGGGGGCGUCAGCACCCCGCCGUCGAGUCUCUUCGCGGGCAGUGAGGACUUCUCAGGCGGAGACUCCCGAGUUGAGACGCCGCCCUUUCACUACGCCUGUCUGGCGCGCGGCACGUACGUGCUGGCGGAGUACACGGCUGUGAAAGAGGGCGAAAAAGAGGUGCUCAGUGCGGUCUGCAGGCGCGCGCUGUUGAAACUUCCGCGAACAGGCGGGCGCCGGAGUUACGUCUUCGACUCUCGCCUCUUCAGCUUCUUUGUCGACAGGAAGAGCGGCGCGGUGGUCAUGUGUGUCACUGAUGAGAACAUCGCCGCUGACCUCCCCUGGCAGUUCCUCACAGACCUACGAAGUCAGUAUCUUCUGCAGAUGAGCAGCGCGCCAAACGCAGGCGACAGUCGCGAGGCCGGAGUGGCGCGGCUUCUCAUUCGCCUCGUGGACGCCUACAACCGAGGCCAGGGCCGCGGGAUGCAGCAGGUUGAGCGCGUUGAGAAGGAGCUCCAGGCGGUGACCGAAGUCGUCCGGGAAAACAUCAACAAAGUGCUCGAGCGCGGCGAGCAGAUCGAGUGCCUCGUCGGAAAAACCAACAACCUACGCGACGGAGCCUACGAUUUUCGAAAGGCGUCUCGGGAGCUGCGGCAGCACGUGAGGUGGUCGACGACUAAGUCCUACUUCAUUGUUUUCGGAAUGAUUGUCGUCCUCCUCAUCAUUGGCGCCUCCUUUUUCUGUGGAGGGCUCACGUUUCAAAGCUGCCUGCGCACCGUCUGA